AUGAAUACGAACAAUAACAGUAGUGGCAGUAAUGGCCCCACCUCAAAUAGUGCCAGCUCUAUGUAUAAUUAUACACAUUUUAAAGACACGAAAUAUAAGAAUGCACAAGGGACUCCAAAUAGAAACUUUCAACCAGUUCCUUACACAGAAGAAGAGCAUCAGAGAAUCCAGUAUUUGCUUGAUAAAGUGUUAGGGCCAGAAUAUGUGAGUUUUCGCCCAGGUGGCGGAGGACAAAAAGUUUCGUACAUUGAAGGUUGGAGAGCGCUUAACUUGGCGAAUGAAAUAUUUGGGUUUAAUGGUUGGUGUUCAGAGUUGAUAAGCUCACAGGUAGAUUAUUUCGAUACACAUGGGAACACCGGACGUAUUUCUAUGGGACUUUCAGUUGUGGUGAGGAUUACCAUUAAGGACGGCACGUAUCAUGAGGAUUUCGGAUACGGAUAUAUUGAUAAUGCAAAGAACAAGGCAAUGGCGUUUGAAAAAUGUAAAAAAGAGGCGUUUACAGAUGGGUUGAAGAGAUGUUUGAGGUGUUUUGGUAACGUUUUGGGAAAUUGCUUAUACGAUAGAACAAUUAUUUCUAAAAUCCAGAAAGUUCGGUUACCAGCUCCCGAAUUAGAGGCAGACAAUUUCCACAGAGACCCUUUGAUAGUGCAACGAGAAAUGAAAAAGAAGCAAACAGUUGGAGUAAACAUCCAUGAAAGUGCAGAAAAUAAUACCGAUAAUACAAACAAUAUCCCCAAGGGUAACGAUGAUAAUGGCGCAACAAACAGUAAUGAAAACAAUAGUAAUAAUGUUCACAGUAAGCAAAAAAAUUCAGCAACUAGCUUGCAGACGCCAAUUUCCAACAGGAACUUCAACAUACCAAAUUCUACUUCCCAGCAUCGAGAUAAUAAUACAAAACCAAGAGCUAGCCACCCAUCUCAGCCUGGUGGUCCGCAGCAGCAUUCCAAAACUUCAAGUAAUAAUACACCAGCUCCCAAAAAUUAUGAUAUAGUAGGAGAUUUUGAUGAUUCGCUUGUGUUUAGUGAUGACCUUCCUAUGGAUGACGAUGAAAUGAGCCAUAACGAUGGACUAGAUGAUUACGAAUUACAAAUGCUUAUUCACAAGAAUAGACAAAAUGGUGGAACUGAUGAUCCUGCCCUAAUAGCAAGAAGCUCAUAUGCUGAAAACAACGAAAAUUCUAAUAGUAGCGGUGAAGUAAACCCAACUAAUAAUAGCGUACAAGAGAUCCCAGACCAACCAGCUUUAUUUGUAAGUGCCAAACGGGCAGAUGCGUUACAACAGGCACCAAAAGAUGCAACGAAAAUUCCUCAAUUUGAUGCCAAAUACGUGUCUCCCAAUAUUAGAAGAACACUUGACCAUUCAAAAUCUGUACCAGUGAGGAGGUCUGAAAUCAGCCAGGCGCCACAUGACAAGCCUCGGACUAAUAUUGGACCCCCAAAGCUCUUGAACCGAGCUAGUCCAGGUCCUACAAUAUCAAAUAGUAAUACCAACAAUUUAGGUAAGAGAAUGAUUGGAUUGCCACCAUCUCAGAAACCCCCAUACAAGAGAAGACACCAAGACGCAUCUUUAUCUCAAAGAUCGAAACCCGAUGAAACAUCACAACCCUCGAGUAAAGCUGUUCCACAAGAUACAAACCCAUCGAAGGAUAAAGAAAACCAACCGGCUCGAGUGGCUUCAUCAAAGAACCUCGAGGAUAUCAACAAUAUGGCACAAGUGACGUAA